GCCUCCGUCAGUGUGAGCUGCAGGGUUAGUUCUCACAAAUCAUCCUGGAAGUGCGUUAAUACGAAGGAUUUCAUGCCUUAAAAACGCAGUAAAGUGGAGUUUAAACGGCCACUUUUACCAGUUGAUUUGGUGCAAAAGUUCUCGUCGGAUUUAUAUUUGACUUCGCGGCUGAUCAGCAGCACUUUGCCCGCAACAACAAACACGAGGCUCGUUAAAUUGUCUGGACUACAUGUGGGGAAGCAUUUAAACAAUUUGACGCGUCUCUGAAUAUCAAACAGGCUCUUUGCAAAGCAGAUAACGAGGAGCGACAGUGAGGGAGAUUCCAGCGCGCCAGCAGAAGUUUUCACCAUGAACCAAACGGCAGGAGCUGGAAAUGCGUAUCGCAGAUGCUCCAAAGCUGGAAAGGAGCUGGUGGGCAGUAACCCUCCGCAGAGGAACUGGAAGGGAAUAGCGAUCGCCCUUCUUGUCAUUCUGGUCAUCUGCUCGCUGAUCGUCACCUCCGUCAUCCUGUUGACACCAGGUGAGGAUGACCGUCUGGCUCUCAAAGGGAAGGUGACUGUUGCAGACCUCUUUAGAAAAGACUUCAAGGUUCACGACCCUAACGCCAAAUGGAUAAGCAGCAAUGAGCUAUUAUACCGCAAUCGUGACGGCGAUGUCAUCAAGCUCAACGUCGACACUGACGAAAAGACCAUCUUGGUGCAUAACAAGAAGUUUGAAAUGUACAAAGCCAGCAAGUAUGAGGUGUCUCCUGACAUGAAGCAUGUGCUGCUGGCCUACAACGUUGCACCGGUGUACCAGCACUCGUACACGGCCUUCUACAUCAUCUGCAGUCUGGACACUCCGGCCACGUGGAACUUGAACCCUCCGGAGGUGCGAAACGCUCAGCUGCAGUACGCAGGCUGGGGACCCCAGGACCAGCAGCUGAUCUUCGUUUUUGAGAACAACAUUUACUAUCGCUCCAGGGUGGACAACCGAUCCAUUCGUCUAGUAUCCACUGGAAAGGAGGGCGUCAUCUUCAAUGGGCUCAGUGAUUGGCUGUAUGAAGAGGAGAUUUUCCAGUCCCACAUUGCCCACUGGUGGUCUCCAGACGGAGCCAGGUUGGCGUACGCCACCAUCAACGACAGCUUGGUGCCCAGGAUGGAGCUGCCUAUGUUCACGGGAGCACCGUACCCCAUGGGGAAAGAGUACCACUACCCCAAGGCUGGUGAGGAGAACCCAGUCAUCACUCUGUAUGUUGUGAACCUGAACGGUCCUCUCCACACCAUCGAGAUGAGGAGACCUGAUGAUCCCAGGAUGGGUGAGUACUAUGUGACCAUGGUGAAAUGGGCCACCACCACCAAACUGGCCAUCAACUGGCUGAACAGAGCCCAGAACAUCUCCAUCCUCACACUGUGUGAGGCCACCACCGGGGUCUGCACUAAGAAACAUGAGGAUGAGAGUGAAGGAUGGCUGCACAGACAGAAUGAGAAGCCUCUGUUUUCCAAAGAUGGGCUAAAAUUAUUCUUCACUCGAGCCAUUCCUCAAGGAGGCAGGGGCAAGUUCUUCCACAUCUCCAUGUCCAUCUCCCAGCCCAACACCAGUACAGACACACUGCAGUCCAUCACGUCCGGAGACUGGGAUGUUACCCAAGUCCUGGCCUACAACGAGGACAGCCAGUUAAUAUACUUCUUGAGCACUGAGGAUGGUCCGAAACGAAGACAUUUGUACAGUGCGGACACCUUCGGUUCGUUCAACCGUCGCUGCCUGUCGUGUGCCUUGUCCGACAGCUGUGACUACAUCAGCGGCUCCUUCAGCCACAACAUGAGCUACUUUCUGCUCAACUGCCAAGGACGGGACAUCCCAUUCGUAGCCGUUUACAAGACGCAGAGAGACGGAGAAAGUGAGACGCAGGACAGAGAAAGUAUUGCAGAAGUUCAUAAACUGGAGACCAAUGAGAACCUGAGGCUGACCCUGGACUCCAUGCAGAUGCCCACAGUGGAGUACAAGGAGAUCAACAUGGACGACUACACCUUGUCGAUGCAGAUCCUCAAACCUGCCGGAUUCGUUGACACAGCACACUACCCGCUGCUCCUGCUUGUCGAUGGGACCCCUGGUGGCCAGAUGGUGGCGGAGCAGUUCCACAUGGACUGGGCCACGGUGCUGGUGAGCAGCUUCGGGGCCAUCGUGGUGCGCUGCGACGGGCGAGGCAGCGGCUUCCAGGGCACAAACCUGCUGCACCGGAUCCAGAAGAAACUGGGGGUGUACGAGGAGCAGGACCAGAAGGAAGCACUCAAUUUUAUUUUGAAAGAGCCUUACAUUGACAAAACCAGAGUUGGAGCUUUUGGAAAGGUGUAUGGUGGCUAUGUGACCAGCCUGUUGGUCAGCGGUGAGGAGUCUCCUGUAAAGUGUGGCGCUGUCCUCUCACCCAUCACCGACUUUGAAUUAUACGCGUCUGCAUUUUCAGAGAGAUAUCUCGGGCUGCCUAAACCCGAUCCGAGGGCAUACACAAUGGCAAAUUUAGCACACAGAGCAUCUCAGUUCAUGGAUAAGAAGUUCCUCAUUAUUCAUCCAACAGCUGAUGAAAAAGUCCAUUUCCAACACACAGCGAAAUUCAUCGCCCAGCUCAUCAACGAAAAGGCCAACUAUACCUUACAGAUCUACCCAGAUGAAGGCCACUUCAUUCACAGUGAAGCAACAAGGCAGCACCUCAGCCAGUCCCUGGUGAACUUCUUCGAGGAAUGCUUCAGGCUACCAGAGCGAGUGUUUGAGGAGGCCCUGGAGGAGGAGAGUGAGGACGAGGGUUAGGCUGGCCAUCUCAGGCCCAAAAUCUUUCCCACCCAUAUGUUCGCCUACCUAACCUCCAUCCUGUCCCCGUGCCCAAGCACAACAAUGGCAUACAGUUGUCCACAAUAUGCAACUCUCGUCUGUUCUUGCUCACUUUGAUUUGCAUUUGGACUCCCUGUGUCCGCAUGCUGAACCAGAGACUGUCUUUCCAGCAGACAACGGAUUUACUCCUCCAUCUAUCCUCCCACUUACUGCCCUGAGUUCAAAUCCAAACGGCCCUCCAGAGAGCCCACAAAGACUGAUGACCUGACAUGAUGUUUUGGAAUAUACUGAUUGAUUUAACAAGGAGCCAUCUCCUUCACAGCAGGGUGGACCAGCUCCUUAAAAGCAGUGGAGAUAAAGCAUCAGCUUUCACACAGACUUUCAAGCUGUGAGGAGAAGGAACACCUUAUAGCACAUAACUGGUGGGCUUGUAUAUUAAUGAAAAUCAGACGCCUGGUGAAGAACACUGGUUGACAGUGUUCACAAUGGGUGUCUGGAAUUGUGCCGAUACAGGAAAUGUUACUAUUUUUAAAGUUGUGAAGAACUUUCAUGUUGGACUGUGGUUGUGUCUAUUGUUCUUACAGUAUGUAAAAUAGCACACAAACAUUCACUCGGCUAUUACGGAUAUAGUUUCUUUUUGGUAUUCAUGUUUUGCCCCGAUGUUCAUCUCGUAGCCCCAUUUUUAUGUAUUUCACUGAAUUCUUUAACUGGCAAAAUGUUUGGAAGAAAAAAAGCGCUGUGGGUUUCUUUUUUGUUCAUUUGAGACAUUUUAUUGUGACUCUCCUGUUUUAUUUAUCAAAUGUUUUUUCCCCGAAAAAACAGAAGCAUUAAUUUAUUUUAGUCACUGUGCCUUACUUUGUCAGACAACAUCCUGCUGUGGGACUGCAUUAAUGAUCUGCAACGAGGCUAUUUUAUA